CACUUCACUUCACUUGCUAAACCAGUAGAGGGGAGAUAAGCAGCACGCUGCAGCGGAAACACGAGCGUGAGUGAUGUAAUGUCGCCUGCCUGCUGACCACGAAUGGCUGUUUGUGCCAGGCUGUGCGGAGUGGGUCAGUCGCGGAGGUGCCGGAGGCGACCGCGGCAGAACCAGCAAGACCGGGGCAGCGAUUCGGACAUGGAUGAGGAGGAAGAGGAGCGGAUCGUGGGACAGAGGCGAGGCGACGCCGGUGGUGAGGCCCCGGAGAGCGGCGUCGAAACUGCAGGGCCGAGUCGGGUGCACUGCAGCUGGGCUGACAGUAGACUACACGGCGUGGGACUACCGCACCCGCAGGCUUUGUCGGAAUUACCACCAGAGCUUUUAGUGGAGAUAUUCUCCUUGCUUCCCGGAACUGCACUACCGAAUGUCGCCCUUGUCUGCAAGACAUUUAGACAAAUCCUCAAUACAGAAACCAUCUGGAGAAGGCGGUGCAUGGAAGAGUUUCACAUGAAGGAGGAUCUGAGGAAGAUGGAAGUGGGAGGAGUUUCUAGCCGUGACCUCUAUGUGAAACGUGUUAACCCACGAGUGAAGUCUGGGCGCUUUAUGAAGCUCCUCCCGGACUACGAGCAUAUGGACUAUAAAGACAUGUACACGCACUUGCUUCAUCCAUACAGACACAUUUUGGGCCUGUGGCAGCCUGACAUAGGCCCUUACGGGGGAUUACUCAAUGUCGUGGUCGACGGGCUGUUCAUCAUCGGCUGGAUGUUUUUGCCACCACAUGACCCGCGUGUGGAGGAUCCCAUGAGAAGACGACCACUCUUUCGUAUCCACAUGUGGGACAGCAAAAAGGCCACUGUGGAGUGUAUGUAUGGACACAAGGGUCCCCACAAGGGAGACAUCCAGACUGUAAAGAAGGAUGAAUUCUCAACUAAAUGUAAUCAGACAGAUCAUCACCGCAUGCCAGGAGGCAGACAGGAGGAGUUCAGGACAUGGUUGGAGGAAGAAUGGGGCCGGACGCUAGAAGAAAUCUUCCAUGAGCAUAUGCAGGAGCUCAUCCUGAUGAAGUUCAUUUACACCAGUCAAUAUGACAAUUGCCUGACAUACCGGCGCAUCUACUUGCCUCCUGCAAUGCCAUCUGACUUGACUCAGCCAGGCCUCUUUAAAGGCACCUACGGCAGUCACGGUUUGGAGAUCGUCAUGCUCAGCUUCCAUAGGAACUCAGCAAGAGCCACCAAACUCACCGGAGACCCUAAUGUUCCUGCUGGGCAACUGACUUUGGAUAUUGACUUGAGUCAGCCUCUCAUCCUCCCAGACUUGGAACAUCAGUGCAAUAUAGAGGAGCUGUCACGACUCGUAUUGGGGGUACACGAACGAGUACAGAGGGAGGCAAGAGAAGACGCUCCCACCCCAGUGAGAGUCCCUGCAGAGGGAGCUUGUGGUGAUGCUGGUGCAGCAGAGGCGCUGCUGGCCAAUCAUGGCGUCGAUUCAGACGGUUGCCAGGCAGGUCCGAGUGGAGGCACCAGUCCUCCUGAGAGCCAGCCCUUUAUCCUGCCUCUAGGAGUCAUGGCUCGAAAUGAGGUGUACCCUCGCACUUGCAGAAAAUGCUUCUAUGGGACAGGCCUGAUUGCAGGGCAUGGCUUCACAAGUCCAGAGCGCACCCCUGGUCUUUUUGUGCUCUUCGACGAGGAUCGUUUUGGGUUCAUCUGGCUGGAGUUGAAGUCAUUUAGUCUCUAUAGUCGCCUGACGGACCGCCUAGCCCACGCACAUGCCCCGAACAUGGAGCGAUUCGAGGCCAUGCUCCGCAACAUGCAGUCUUGGACAUCCUGAUGAUCCAAGCUUUAAGCCGCUUCAGGCAAUACAAUGGAUAAUGAUAAUAAUAAUAAUAAUAUACAGUACGUUAUACCUAAGUAACCUCGGUAUCCCCCUACUCCUGCAGCGGUAUAUAUUAGCUCAUGACAUGACCUUUUCCAUCUAUACAUGUUUCUCUUUUGUUUUCCUGUCUAUUGAGGCAGGUUUCCCACUUUGACCCAUGCACGCACUUUGGAGGGCAUCAUCAGGUCACUCCAGUGCAGCAUGAUAAUGGGUCACAUUAAUGUUCUGUUUAUUUAUUUAUUUAUUUAAUCCCUCUAGGAGGAAAAAGAGUGACUUUCAUACCACUUUUUAUGGAGCAAACUGUAUGUGCCUCUGAUUUUAAAACCACGUCUGUACUUGGUAGUGUUUGAGAAGGUAAUGGUGUGCAGUGCAUUUCAAUUCAAUGCCCAAUUUAUUCAGCUACACACUGCUUUCUAUUUUACAUUUGUAUUUACACCUGGCUUCCACUUUAGUUUGUUAAACACAUCUUUUUAAAAAGACAGCUUCUCAGGUAGAUUUUUUUUGCCCCAAAAUUAGGAAUAAUGACAUCAUUGGUGAACUAAAUCAGUUUUAAUAAUUAACCAACAGAAACAAAGCAAGAUUUAUAACAGGGCUACCUUUCAACUGUUGGCAAAGGAUUUGCUUUCUUAUCAAACACUGUCAAUCUGACUUUUUGCUCUUUGAGCUUUAGUGGUAACAUUUUCAGUGAAAUGCUCCAAAACAUUGUUUCACCACAUCUUAUAUGAUAAUAGGUAAGCUGGAAAGAUGCGUUAGAAAAGUACAACAUAAGCUAUUGAUACACUGGAUCUAUUCAAUGUAUGAAAUUCUUGGGUUUCUGCAAGAUGCUAAAUUGCAGCAUAUUGUUUGAAAUGUACUACUUUUGCUGUUUAUUUAAAUGUUUGCUUGGCCUUUUACUGGAAACCUUCCUCUACUUUGUUUUUGCAUACACAGCUAUUUAGCUAUAUAAUAGAUAAACCCACGAAUCAAAAUGAAUCUUGAAGCAUACCAAAUACUGUACAUGUACUGUAUGUGUGUCUUGUCAUGGCUUAAUGACGUUGCCCAGUAGCUUUCCUACAACAAGUGCACUUUUCUGGGCAGUAUAGUAACUGAUAUCUAAAUACACUGCACACACUGGGCAGCAUAUUUGCAGUAGACUGCAGCUAUAUUAACAUUUGCAAAAAAAAAAGGUGUUUGAGCAUCUUCAAUCAAAUUUUGCCCAGUUCAUCUGAACCAAACAAUAUGGUUCAAUACAUUCUCCUAUCUUCAAGUUCUCUGUACUGACUGUUUGAACGAUUCACCUUAUUGUUGCUUUGCACUAUGUACUAGGGCUAAUGUGGUAGUUAAUAAGCAAGCUGAUGUACUUUUCAGGCUGUUUUUUUCUCUCUGUAUUUCUGUCAUUUUUCAUUAUACUGUAAUCUAAUAUGCUA